GAAUGUUUUUGGAUCAUCCCUUUGUACAUUUUCUUUUCUAUAAAGUUUCUUUGUUGAAUAUUGAUGUCAUGAUUUGAGGAAAUCAAAGUUCUUUUGAUUUGCUCAAAUUAGGUUUUAUUCAUGUUAAAUUCCCAACUGUUCACAGCGCAAAAUCAAAAUCCAAAUUACCAAACUUAAAAAAGAGGACUUUUUUGGGUUUCCAGAUCCAACGAAUGAAAUCAUCAAAAAUUCUUCUUCUUCCCCAAAAUUUCACACAAAUUAGUAAACCCUAACCCACCCAUUUGAAAAAGCAGCUUAAAGGCGUCGUCUUUGCGCGUUGAACCUCAAGUUUUGGGUGAUUUUUGAGAUGCUCAUUCAUGAUUAAUCAAGAGAAAGUGAGAAUUUUGUAGUGGGGUUUUGAUGGGGGCGGAGAAACGAUGGCUUUUCACUCUGUUUUCAGCUGUAUUAUCGUCUCUCUUGUUACUGUUACUCUACUCCUUUUCAACUUUUAGUACUACAAAGCUUUUCCCUUCUAUAAUUCAUCACGGGGCUCAUUAUCCUCCAGCUUUUGCUUACUAUAUUUCGGGCGGUAGGGGUGAUAAGGACCGGAUCUUUCGUUUGCUUCUCGCGAUUUAUCAUCCGAGAAAUCGGUAUUUGUUGCAUCUCGGGGCCGAUGCGUCUGAUGAAGAGAGAUUGAGGCUCGUUGCGGCGGUUAAGUCGGUUCCGUCGAUUAGGAGUUUCGGAAAUGUUGAUGUUGUGGGGAAGCCUGAUAGAGUUAUUUACAUGGGGUCCAGUAAUUUGGCUGCCAUUCUUCAUGCAGUUGCCAUUUUGUUGAAGAUUGAUAAGAAUUGGAAUUGGUUUGUUUAUUUGAGUGCUGCUGAUUAUCCCCUUGUUACGCAAGAUGAUCUGGCUCAUGUGUUCUCUUCUGUCAGGAGAGACCUCAAUUUCCUUGAGCACACCAGUGACCUUGGAUGGAAAGAAUUUCAAAGGUUCCAGCCUGUUAUAGUUGAUCCGGGGCUCUACUUAGCAAGGAGGAGCAAGAUUUUUCAGGCUACACAGACGCGACCAACACCUGAAGCUUUUAAAGUAUUCACAGGUUCAGAAUGGUUUUUCUUGAGCCGGCCUUUCCUGGAAUUUUGUCUUUUUGGUUGGGAUAAUCUACCUCGAACUCUUCUGAUGUAUUUUAACAAUGUAAUGUUAUCUCAAGAAUCCUAUUUCCACUCUGUCAUUUGCAAUGCACCAGAGUUUAAAAACACAACUGUAAACAGUGAUUUAAGAUAUAUGAUAUGGGACAAUCCUCCAAAAAUGGAGCCGCACUUUCUAAAUGUCUCUGAUUUUGAUCAAAUGGUCCUUAGUGGAGCUGUGUUUGCAAGACAGUUUGAGAAGGAUGACCCUGUACUGAACAUGGUUGAUGAAAAGAUCCUCAAGCGUGGACGUAACCGAGCAACCCCAGGGGCAUGGUGCUCUGGCCGAAGGAACUGGUGGAUGGAUCCUUGCUCCCAAUGGGGUGACGUCAACAUAUUGAAGCCUGGACCACAGGCAAAAAAGUUAGAAACAACCAUUACAAACCUUCUCGAUGACUGGAACUCACAGUUGAAUCAAUGCAAAUGAAGGUAGGAAAACUGCAGAAGAUUUUCUCAUUCUCAGGUGCAAAUUUUUGGCAUCACAGAAAUGUAAAAUGUUCAAAAGACUGCUCAAGUGAGACAUUCUUUGGUGUUCCGGCCGAUUUUUUGAGGUUACUCCAGUCAGUCAGAGGCUGUAAGUAGUGUUUAUAAAAGGGAGUAGAAUUGAAGAAGGUGAGAAAAGAAUUCGCAUUGAGCUGAUUGAGAUCAAUAAGAGGGUCUUUGUAGUCCAUUUGCACGUUGUUGUAUUUUCUACCAUUUGUUUCUUUGUUAGACUGUACUUGGAUACACAAACAAGUUCAUUCAUUGUAUUCUAAUUUGUUGUUUGUUCUCAUUACCA